AGGACAGAGCAAAAAAAAAAAUAUCUCGGUUGUUCUGCUGCUAACGAAGGAAAAAAUCUAACAUUUAACACACAGUUUCUCGCAUAGGUUCAACUAGAAACCAAAAAACAAAAAGCCCAAAAGUUCUACAUUGUAUAUUAGACGUGAUUUUCUGCUCAUACUUUGGUGAUUUGGAAGUAACGCGGCCACAGAAAUUGUGUAUGUGUGAGGUGCUAACUGUUAGCUGACAGGCUACCUAGCGGCAUAGCCAUUGAUGCAAUGGCGUUGAAAAGAAUCCAGAAGGAACUGUCGGACCUUCAGAGGGACCCACCUGCUCAAUGCUCCGCUGGACCAGUUGGAGAUGACUUGUUCCAUUGGCAGGCUACAAUAAUGGGUCCGAGUGACAGCCCAUAUCAGAGCGGAGUGUUUUUCCUCACCAUUCACUUCCCGACAGAUUACCCCUUCAAACCACCCAAAGUUGCAUUCACAACAAAGAUUUACCACCCUAACAUCAACAGCAAUGGAAGUAUUUGUCUGGAUAUACUGAGAUCACAGUGGUCACCUGCACUUACAGUAUCAAAAGUAUUAUUGUCUAUCUGCUCUCUUCUUUGUGAUCCAAACCCGGAUGACCCACUGGUACCAGAGAUCGCUCAUACAUACAAGGCUGACAGGGAAAAGUACAACAAAUUAGCACGAGACUGGACACAGAAGUAUGCAAUGUGAGAACAGCAGGAAGAUCACAAUAACACACGAGAACAAAAAGAUUUGAUUUAUAACUUGAGGCAAAUGAGCAACAGAGGAAAAAAAAAA